GAAAGUUGUUGGGGGGAAGGAGAACUCCUAUAAAGCUCACGCUCCGCCGUGCAACGCUGCUGUUUUUUGUGCCAGUUGUUUAUUGUGUUAUUAGUGUUUGUUUUGGUAUAUCCCAUUUUUGAGGAUGUUAAAGGAAACAGUGGUCGUGUGUGCGUGUAUGGUGUUUGCCUACGUAUGUUCUAAGCCUACAACAAAGCCUACAAUCCUACACAGGGCCAAGAGAUGGGAGGAGUUUGCCAACUUAACAUUCACAUUCGACUGUACAGAGCGAGCAGUUGGAUUCUAUGCAGACCAAGAACACCACUGUCAGAUAUUCCACAUGUGUGAUGAAGAUGGCCGCCGCAUUCCUUACAUAUGUGCCAACGACACGUCCUUCAACCAACAAUACCGAAUCUGUGAUUGGGACUACAAUGUAAAUUGUGCAGAAGCACAAAACUGGUACUACCUGAACGAACUAACAUAUGUAACGGAUCCACCAAAGCCCAGAUCCUAGUGGCAGAUCACGGGGACUUAGAUUCUAAAUAACAAAAAUCAAUAAGCUGUGUAAAAGGAACACUUUAGUGAGUUGUGUUCAUUUUGAACACGUGUAUAUUAGUGAAGUCUCUUUCCUGUGUUCAAGACUAAGUUACCAUAGAAAAUAUUGUAAGAUUAAGUAAGUUUUGACGAGUUAAACUAUGGUUGUAAUCGUCUAACUUACUCAUGCACACUUACUGUGCACAAGACUUAGUUACCAUAGAUUUUACACUAUAUUCAGAGGUUGAAGUAAAAGUUAUAUUUUGGAUUUUUGUGACACGUUCAAGUCUGUAAAACAAGAGUACAAUUAGUUGUUUUGGGUUUAGUUUGUCAAGAUGGAUAAGGUAUGCCAGAAGGCAAUAUAUUUGUUUUAAUAUUUGUUUUGUAAGAAUAGUUUAGUUGGAUGUAGCAAAACAGAUAGGAAAAUCACUAAUAAGGGGGAGAUGUUCCCUGACUAUUGUAAAGGGUUAAAAUAACAUUGAUUUGGAACGGUGUAGUAAAUUACAAUGAUGCUUUAAAGUUUACAUCUGAGAGAUUCAAAUAGUUGUAUUAAUUAUUACUGUUAUUGCGUUUGUAAUGUUCAAAUGUUAUGACUCAUAACUUGAUAAUAGGAUAUAACAUACCUUAUAUUAAAUUAGUUAAUUAUUAAUUAUAUUAAACUGUGAAAGGUAAAAAUUCCCUGGUCCUAAAAUAGAGUAAAUUUAAGUUAUUGAGGUAAUGUAUUUUCAAGUUAAAUAUUAACUUUUAAUGGAAUUGUAAACAGGUAAAAAGUCUCAAGAAAAACAUUAAUUUGUGUCAGACUUUUAGCAGUAACAAAUUGGUCCACAGUUCAAAAUUAAAUUUUCCAAGUUGUAUUCGGAAUAUUGUUUUGUGUUGAUGAAAUGUAACAUGACAAACCACAAGUCGUAAAUAAUACUAAUCAGUUAAAAAGUAAUUACAGUACAUUACAAUUCUUACUGAUGCCAAAAGGUACUAAAUUUAAAUUAAUGUAUGUUUUACAUCAGGAAAUCAUUGUGAAU